AUGACCUCGCUAUGGUACGACGACCGCACCGAGACUGAGGCCUUGAGGUCAACGGGACCCGACAGCGCACUCUGGAGCAUCUUCAGACUGUCCAACUCGUACCUCUCGCCGGUGCCUUCAUCCCGAAAGUGCGAGAACUCGAAGGCCCAGAGCAAGCGGCUGAUGACCAGAAACAGUGAUCGGCGCGCCGGGUGCUGGCCGGGACACCCGCAGCGACCGAAGCCAAAGGCCGCCGCGGGCGCGCCGGUAUUCCGCAACCACCGUUCCGGCGCGAAGGCGAAGGGGUCGUCGAAGACGGCGUCGUCCUAUUUCUCUCAUGAGCUCCACGGCAGCAUCAACGUGAAGCAGUUGGAAUAUGCCUGCCAUGCCCUGGUGCAGCGGCACGAAGUUGUGCGUGCUCGUUUCGUUGCCCUCCACGGCUCUGUCCAGCAGGUGAUUCCCAGGUAUCGAGCAGAAGAUGUCCGAUUUCAGGUACUCGAAGGGUUCGGUGAGAUGCACAGUCUCGGUCCCUCUGCCAGUCUAGUUCAUACUGAUCCUGGCUUUCUCCUUGAAUGA